AUGAACAGUACAUCUGUCUCGCUCGCUAUGCCCGCAUCAGUCACCGAACGAGCCGCGGAGGAGCUGGCAGAGACACUUCAGCCUUACCCUCCGGUGCAGGCUACGAAGAAGCCGCCGUUAAUCUUCAGCCAGCCGCUGGGCCAAAAGCAGGAGCAGAUAUCACAAAAUGAGAAAGUGAAGAAGCCACUCUCCUUUCAUAUGACCUUUUUGGCACUGAACAUUUGCGUAUUGCUCGUUUCGCUAGAUGCAACAGCCCUGUCGGUGGCUGUACCAGUAAUUACUGACGACUUGAAUGGCACCACGCUCGAGGCGUUCUGGGCCAGUCUCUGCUUCCUACUUGUCUCGGUGGCGGUCAUGCCUAUAAUAACGAGUCUCUCCGACGUUCUGGGCCGCAAGAUCCCUCUCUACGCAUCCUUGAUAAUUUUCAUCGUUGGGUCCAUCGUCUUCGCAGUGGCUAAUAAUAUGGGUGUUUUGAUUCUGGGUCGUGUGCUACAGGGACUGGGAGGCGGCGGUCUUGAUGUUUUGGGGGAAGUCGUGCUAGCCGAUAUCACGAGUCUGAAGGAACGUCCUCUUUAUUUGGGACUAUUCUCAAUUCCUAUGGCAGGUGGCGCCAUCUGUCGCCCCAUAAUUGGCGCUGCCCUCGCUGAAAAGGUAAGCUGGCGAUGGAUUGGUUUGAUCAACCUUCCUUUUGGUGUGACUGGCUUGCUGCUAUUUUUCUUCUUCUUACGACUCAAGGCCAUUGAAACCACGCUUGCCAGCAAGAUUGCACGUUUAGACUGGAUUGGCAUGGUACUUUUUGUAGUCGGCAGCACUUUGUUCUCAUUGCCACUGUCUUGGGCAGGCUCCUUGUAUCCCUGGGCGUCAUACGAAACACUCGUCUCAUUCAUACUAGGGCUUCUCAUCCUGAUUCUCUUUGGUUUCUAUGAAGAACGGCCCAUUCAACCUCUGUUUCUAUAUCGCAUUUUCAAAAGCAGAACCGCGAUAUUCACUCUCUUUGGCUCGUUCGUUCAUGGCGCUGUGUUGAACGGUGGCCUGCUCUACUUGCUUCUUUCCUUCCAAGCCACCUUCCGAGAGACACCCUUCCGAUCUGCCAUUGAGGUACUUCCAAUCUGCGUUUUCAUCGUCGUAUUCAGUAUAUUUGGAGCGGUCAGUGUAGAAGUCUUACGGAAAUAUAAAUUACUAGUCAUUGCCGCAUGGCCUUGCUUAGCAGUCGGUGUUGGUCUAUUUGCGCUAUGGAAACCCGGUGUUUCUGAUGGUAUGAAAUACGGUCCUCAAGUCCUCGCCGGUGUUGGUCUCGGCGUUCUUUUCACCAUCUGCACAUUUCCCAUGAAUGCUAGUUAG